AGUGACUACUUUGCGUUCUAAAUGAGCAGUUUGGUGUUUGUUCCAUUCAAAGGGUUUAUAGUUUUCAAAAUACUUAUGUACCUGCAUGAAUUUUAUUUAUAAAAAUAUUCAUAAAACAUGUGGAUUAUGACAAUGCAAACAAAUUUUUCUAUCAAGAAAUUAUGGAGAACAACAGCUUACUAGCCAAAGUGUAGAAUGGCGCCUGCUUCUAUAUAAUAAUAAAAGCAAAGAUAUAUUCGGACCAUUUUUCUAGUAAACCAAAACAGUUUUGCUUUCUUUAACAAAGCUUAGAGGCAUAUUCGGAUGGAAUAGUUAGAGUUACAAACCUUCAGACUGAAGCAGACGGCAUUUUUUAUAUUCGUCAUGUUGGCUUAUCGAGAUAAAUCAGUGUGUGGCGAGGGUAACAAUAUAUUUAAACAUCGAAUUUAAUAUAAAAAAUCCGGGCAAUAUCACAUGAAUUACAUUGUGAAAAUAUAAAGAAAAUACAACGAAACAUCAAUAUAAGCACGAUAAUAUGUACUAGAAAAAAAAGCUGAAUUACUCAAUUAAAUAAAUUUUCCGGGAAACUCAACUAAUAAUUUACAGAAAGUAUUUAUAGUAAUCCUGCUGGCCAUAAUGUGCAAACUGCACAUUUAUUAUAAGUUUGGAUUACUGCUGAUAUUCAUCCUCAGCAUAAGCAACACACGCUAUAAUCAUGCGUCCUCUGAAACGGUAAAUCAUAACACUUCUGAUGAGAAUUAUUCCGCGGAUUAUGACGAAUAUUACGACGAUAGUGUAGUUGACCAGGGCUAUGAUAACGGCACUAUCAAUACCGUUAGUCCUGAGAAAGGAAAAGUGGCAGAAAAUACACGUAUCAAUACAAAUCCCACAACAAAACAAAAUAAAUCGCUUUUUAGUAUAUUGUUAAACAAUUAUCGACGUAGUAAUUUUGUUAUGGAACCGACUUGUCCUAAAUUUUGCCAAUGUCAUGAGAACUAUAAGCAUAUACUGUGCAAUGGAGCUGGUUUAACAGAAGUUCCAGGGAACCUACCAGCAACAGCUCUAAUAAUCGAUUUAAGUCAAAACAAUAUCACAGAAUUGCGAACUGGGGACUUCGCAAAUAUCACCAAAGUCCGCGAAAUAAAUUUAAGUGGCAAUCAAUUGAGCAGCAUAAGUAAAGAGAUUUUUGCUGGUUUAAGCCAUUUACAGCGACUUUGGCUAAACGACAAUAAGAUAAAGCAUAUUGAGCCAGACACAUUUUCAGGCAUAAAUGAUCUUAGUGAAUUAGAUUUAAGUAACAACUCUAUAUUAUUGAACAAUGCUGGACCAUUCCUUUCUCAACCCAAUUUACUAAAACUUUCAUGUCGUAAUUGCAGUUGGACAAAACUAUUUGAUAACACGUUUAAAGGGUUAACCGGUUUGCAGUCUCUAAAACUAGACUUUAAUGAUUUUAAUAAGAAAAUCAAUACAAAAGCUUUCUUGCCGCUACGAAAUGUUACUAAAUUACGACUGCCGGACUUGAAACCACAAAGUGUGACCGAGCUGUGCAAUUUACUAACAGCUAUUGAUAAUAUAAGCUUUGAACACUUCGAAAUCAGUUGCUUUGAGUUAGUGCUAGGUAUAUCGUUUAAUGAGAGUGUUACGGUAGUAAAUGAUCCGGCCGUCCAACAAAAAGAAUUAAUGAAAACAGGAAUCGAUGAACAAGAAUCUCCGCAAGCUCACACAUUUGGAAAUAAAGAAGAAACGAUAAGAGGAGAAAACGUACAUACUAUAUUGACUGCUACCUCAAUUGCAUCGAAACCAAAGGAAAUUAAAAAAGAAGAUUUAGAAAGAAAGAUGGGGGACAGAAGUGACAUCUCAAAUCUAACCAAACCUACAGCUGCUACGAGAAUUGAAGAUGAAGAUAUGGACUCUAAGGCAUUGGUAUCAAAUGUUUUAAGCAGCAUAACUGAAGUAUCAAAUCACAGUGUCACCGGCAGCACUGUAUUGCCGACGCUCAGUACUGAUAAUAGCCAUAAAGUACACAUUUCCCAGGACAUGAUUAAUAUUUUGCUCAUAUCAAUUAUUAUUACAGCGAUUGUUGGAAUCAUCAUUGGCAUAAUUUGCCGAAAAGAUGUAGGUGGCAUUAAAACCAAAUGUUGCCGCACAAGAAAGCCUAAACCCAAAGAGCAAACACAUCCUGCCGAGGAAAUACCAUUAAAUAAGUUAACAUAAAUUAUAGAGCAGAAUUAGUUAUAUGCUUUACGAGCAUUUAAACGAAUUUAUAUAAUGUGUCGUUUUCAUAUUAGAUGUAAAAUUAUUUUUAUUUUAUUUAAAUACAAAGCAUUUCUAAGAUUUAUUAUAAAUUUGCAUUAAAAUCCUAAGAUUUUUACUAUUUAUACAUGAGGCAAAUAAUGGAUCUAAAUAAGUACAUAAUGUAGAAAAUGUAUUCUAGUAUUUAUGUAUGUACAAAGCGAAUAAUAUAAUCUAUAAUAGAUAACGUAAAAAAGAGUCGACAACAGCGGUUGUCUACAUCUAAAGAGCUUUUCUAAUGCUCUCACUCAUCGGCAUUGAAUGUUAGUCCCGUUGAGGGAAAAACUACAAAAUCGGAGAAGAAGCUUUGCCGGAAAUUAGUUAAGCGCUUGUAAAGCAUCAAUUAUCUAUUUUAUUUGGUUCAUAAAUUAAUACCAAUUUUUAACAAACUUAGUAUGAAAAUAAAAUUUGAAUGCAGUUCCAUAUCAAAUGUUAAAAUGUUUUAAUUAACUAAUAUAACGGUAAAUGUGCUGUGUACAAAUUAGUUAUACAAAUACUGUAUUAGACAGUACCAAUAGUAGCGUUAAAUGUAUUUCUUUAAAAAAUAAAAGUUUUCCUAGAGGGAC